AUGACGAGUAAGGCCCAGAAGGAAAGAAUGAUGACCGAGUUCAGAUCACUGACCCAUGCGAUACCGGCCGAUGCCAGUAGAAUCUGUAAAAAGGCUGGAUACCGACUCGAAGCAGCCUUCGAAUUAUUUUACAACGACCACCUGGCCCAACAAAAUGCCGAGCGCUCAAUGCAAUCUCGUUCCAAAGCACUGGCUGAAGCCUUCGGGAGCGUCUUGAACCUGCAAUUCAAUGAAUUUCAAGAUCCGGACGAGCCAGCAAAGAUGGACAUGAACGGGCUGAUGCGUUAUCUCGAAGUGCUAUCUUUAACGCCCGAAGAUCCCAAGGUACUCUGUCUCUGCCAUCUCCUCCAUUCCCCACGUCUCGGCGUCGUCGAACGGGCCGAUUAUCUCAAGUAUUGGACCGUGGUCUUGGUCAAGGCGGCGCCACCGUCGAUCAAAUCUGCCGGAGAUAUGACCAAGUUCCAGAUCGCCACCCUCGCCGAACUGGACCGUCGCUUGCGAUCCGAGCUCAGCUAUUUCGAGGAGGUCUAUCGGUACACUUUUGACUUUGGAAGAGAUGAAGGCCAGAAAAGCUUGGCUCUAUCCACAGCCAUCCCGUUAUGGGAAUUGAUCCUGCCUCUUGCCCCCGGGCUCGACCCAAAGGUUUUCAAACCUGAAUAUCUCCAAUGGUGGUUCGAGCUUCUUCGAUCGCGAAACAAGUCCGUCAGCCGAGACACCUGGAACCUUUUUCUCGAUUUCGUCGUCCAACUCGAAGACAGAUUCGAAAACUAUGACGAGACAGCUGCGUGGCCUUCUUUGAUCGACGAUUACGUAACCUUGGCUCGCGAGAAAUUGGGCAGCCAAGUCACGGAGCUCCAAAUGGCCCCCAAGCUGACGAAAUCCAUCAUCAUCAAUGGCGGAUAUGAUAUCUGGAGUUUUGUUAGAGCUCACUGUAUCCCCGCUGGAAACUAUUUUCUUUUCUUUAAUACCAUCGGCUCGGUUAUCCUAUUGAUAGGCUAUGCUCGGGAUCGCUCGCACACUGAUACGGAAGCGGUGGCAUCCGGUGUGUAUGUCUACGCUGCCGGGUCGUCGGGAGCGUGUUUGCUGCGUGGAGCGGAUCCCCAUCCUCCCCCAUCUUCCUCGCCACCGUCCUCCUCGAGCGGAACACAGUCCCAGGCCCCAGUCAAUCGGCAACUGAAACAGCAGCUGCCGUCCCUCAACCAGCUGCAGAAAACUUCGUCCCAACACCAGCAACUAAUCCGUAAUUUCAUCAUCAUCAAUCCUUCCUUGAAAACAUUCGCCCUCAAGAACUGUUCAUCUAUUUGUUACGUUGAUACUGUGUCUAGAACCAUGUCCGACAUUAGGUCCCGUCAGCACAAGGCAAAACAAGCUGCCAUGGGAAAUCCACCAAUCCCUCCCUCUCAGUCCAAACCCAAGCCACCACCGGCAAAACUUAGCACCAUUGCAGACCACCAAAACCUAUCCCAAUUCCUACAGAAUCAGCUCAACACCCCUUCCCAACAACCCGCCACGCGAUCAAACACGCCUCUUCAGCUUGAAUCACAGCCUGUUCUCCCAGCAGGCCUACCUUCUCGCCCCGGCCUUCCAUCGCAGUCUCCUCUUCCAGCAGGCCUACCUUCUCGCCCCGGCCUUCCACCGCAGUCUCCUCUCUCAGCAGGCCUACCUUCUCGCCCCGGCCUUCCAUCGCAGUCUCCUCUCCCAGCAGGCCUACCUUCUCGCCCCGGCCUUCCAUCGCAGUCUCCUCUCCCAGUAGACCUACCUUCUCGCCCCGACCGUCCAACGCAGUCUCCUCUCCCAGUUGGACCACCUUCCCGCCGUGCAUCCAAAUACAACAAUUCCACAGAAAAGAAGAUGGCAAGAGGCAAGAGAAUAUUUGGCCCAGAUUUCUAUAUAAUGACGAUUUGCCCCUCUCCCACCAAACCUGUUGUCCUCCUUCCAAAGCAUGGUUCACUCUCGAAAAUGGCGGUCACGUCUUCUGCAUUUUCUCCUCACCUUUUCCUUGAGUUACACUCCUUCAAUCUCCAGCCACCCACACCGACCUUCCUCCGCCUAUCCGAGAUCAUCUCCGACCUUUUCAAAAUCGCCAACUUGCAACCCAACAUCCAUUCCAACAAACACCAACUCGGUCAGAUGUGUCUACUUGGUUUCCAGAAUGCCUGCGAUGUGGAGAAGUCCGGAGGGCUUAGCCCUGCUGACUUGGAGGAAAAAAACAGGCUCUGGGACAAACUAGACGGACACAACGAUUUCAUUGCCAAUCGAAUCAAAUCACUCUCCGAAGCUGCUUACACUCAAAAUGCAGAGCUGAUGUCCGGAAGGCAAAACUGGCAUCAAAAUCAGCAACAGGCAAUCAGAUCAAAUUACAAGAUAGCCAACAAUCUUUCAAUCACUUGGAAUGACUUCUUUGAUAACUCAUCUGAAGACAGCCACAAUCUUACCGGUUGGAAGUAUGGGCUCUUCUCUUAUAUUCAUCCUCAAUCAGGCAAACCAAUUUCUCCCCCAUCUAGCACCCUGGGCCACGGUUUAUUUUUUCCUGCGCUGCCUGCUAUAGUUGAUUUUGUUCACUCCAACGGCAUUGUAGAAGUCUUGUGGAAAGCAUCAACUGAGUCUCAGCCUUUCACCACCAUGCCACCUGAUCAACUUAAAACUUCUGACUCUUCCACUCACCUUGCCUGUUAUUUUCAAAUCAAAAAUUAG